CUUUACAACAACUCUUUAGUUUUAAGUCUUAACCCUCUUUUCCUUGUCAUCUCUCUCAUCUCGCGCUCUCUCUCGUCGCUUCACUCAACCACAUACAUAAACCACAAAUUAUUGAAAUUUUUUCUUCUUCUCAACCGGAUCAGAUCACAAAUUCCCUCAUAAACCUACAUUUCACUCGCUACUUCCAAUUUCAGCUUCGAAUUCUGGUUUUUAUUGCCACAGAUCUGACUCCGAUGAGCCGCCAUCACUAUUUUGACUCCCGAAAAUGGUGAAUUGUUGGUUUCUGGAGGCACGCGCCACUGUGAGGGAGAGGGAGUAGGGUCUUCUUGUUAAUUGGGAGGGGGUGGAGUGCUGUGGAUACCUGCUAUGGCUGCUUUGCAGAGAGUGGCGUCCAGUGUGGGCACCAGUGCCAGUGGCUAUGGGUCCUCGAAGGGUGCUAGCGUGGCAGUUUCUGACCAAUUCCCGGUGGAUUUGAGGGUACUCGUGGUGGACGACGACGUCCCUUGCUUGCGGAUUCUUGAGAAGAUGCUACGUCGGUGUCUGUAUCGCGUUACACCCUGCUCAAAGGCUACCAUGGCUCUGAGUCUGCUACGGGAAAGGAAAGGUUAUUUUGAUGUGGUACUGAGUGAUGUCCACAUGCCUGAUAUGGAUGGCUAUAAGCUUUUAGAACAUGUUGGGCUGGAAAUGGACCUUCCUGUAAUAAUGAUGUCUGCGGAUGGGAGGACAAGCGCUGUAAUGAAGGGUAUCAGACACGGGGCUUGUGAUUAUUUGAUUAAGCCUAUUCGUGAGGAAGAACUCAAGAAUAUAUGGCAGCAUGUUGUGAGGAAAAAAUGGAAUGAAAAUAGAGAAAUUGAACAUUCUGGAAGCGUAGAAGACAAUGAUCAACAUAAAGAUGGAAAUGAUGAUAUUGAAUAUGCUUCUUCUGUUAAUGAUGGUAUGGAAGGAACUGUUAAGGCACAGAAAAAGCGGAGCAACUCUAAGGAAGAAGAUGAUGGGGAGCUAGAAAAUGAUGAUCCCACAACAUCGAAGAAACCACGUGUUGUUUGGUCAGUGGAGCUACAUCAGCAAUUUGUUGGUGCUGUCAACCAGCUUGGAAUUGAUAAAGCUGUACCAAAGAGAAUUCUUGAAUUGAUGAAUGUACCUGGCUUAACGAGAGAAAAUGUGGCAAGUCAUCUGCAGAAAUUCAGGCUAUAUUUGAAGAGAUUAAGUGGAGCAGCGCAACAAGGUGGGAUUCCUAACACCUUUUGUGGAACUGCAGAGCCAAAUCUGAGUGUUGGGUCACUUGGAAGAUUUGACAUUCAGGCUUUGGCUGCAUCUGGCCAAAUUCCUCCACAGACAUUAGCAGCCCUUCACGCUGAACUUCUAGGUCAACCAACGGGUGGCCUAGUUACAGCAAUAGAGCAGCAAACUCUUCUCCAAGCAUCCCUGCAGGGGCCCAAGUGUAUCCCUGUUGAACGUGGUGUGGCAUUUGGUCAGCCUUUAGUGAAAUGCCAUUCCAACAUAUCCAAACAUUUGCCACAUUCUACUGUGUCAGUUGAAGAUGCUCCUUCAGGGUUUGGAGUCUGGUCUUGUAAUGGUUUUGGUACUGUUGGAACUGGUAGCAAUUCUAGUGGUAUUGGCACUCAGAAUAGUAACAUGUUAAUUGAUAUAUUGCAACAACAGCAAGGACGACGGCAAAAACUGCCUCCACAACUACAGCAGCUAAGGUCUUCGCUGCCAGAGCCCAGCCGUUCAAUAACUGUGCAGCCAUCUUGCCUUGUGUUGCCCCUUUUGUCUUCAACCAGUUUCCAGUCAGCAAAUAGUCCUACUUCUGUAAAUAAAAAUUGCAACUUUAAUAAGAUUUCUGCUGCAGAUUACAGUUUUCUCUCAACUCAAUCAAAUAACUCAGUGCAUAUUGGACAAAUAACAGAUGGAGAUUGCAAAAAUACAGGCAUUCAUAGUGGGUACGCAGGCCCUUGUUCUUUAUCUCCUUCCGUCUCUUCUUGUUCAGUGAAUGCUGACGGUAGCACAGCUCAGAAAAUUCAGAACUCAACCAAGACAUUUAAAGCUGUGGGUCAUAUGUCAGGGCCUGUUCUUGAUGGGUGUGAUGUUCCUGGUUCUUAUGCUACUAAGCCAGGUGAAUUACUGGAUCAGAAUCCCCUUAAAAAUCUUGGAUUUGUUGGUAAAGGGACCUGCAUUCCAAGCCGGUUUGCAGCUGAUGAAUUUGAAUCACCAAUUGGCAAUUUUAAAAUAGUUAAAAACCCUAUGGAGAACAACAUUAAUGUAGUGAAGCAGGAGGCAAAUAUGGAGUAUAUGGACAGUGUUGACUUGGGCAUCCCAGUGUUGCGGAAAUUUUCUUCCAAUGACCUCACUAGUGUUUUCACUGAAUAGGCUUGCCAUGCUCUUGCCUUUUGCACAAAUGGGACAAUUUGUUUCUAGCCUUUGAAUUUCCAGGAGGUAUUCCAGCUGAAAUUUGUACAUUAUUUUCACUCUAGACUUGAUUUCAGUUGCUGCAACAGUCUUCUUAGGUUGCAUUAUGGAGUCUCAGUAUCUGAAUAUAUGGAGGCCAGAGGUCAAUUAUAAUGUUCUGAAGUCUGUCUUACUUCUGUAGGAAAAAUAAAAACUUUGGAUUCUAUCAGCUUGGAAUGUUAAAUAUGAUGGCUUCUCGCCAUCGUAAUCGUGUAAUUUAUCAGCUUGAUCGAUGAUGAGAUGCUCAUUUAUUUAUUGUGUACAAAUUGUGUAGGUGUAAAUUAUGUUUUUCUCUGA